AUGUCCGCCAUGGCCGACUACGUAGAACGGGCGCUCGAGAGCCCGAUGGCCGUUGCGAUCGGCACCAGCGCGGUGGCCUUUGCGUCGGGCAUGCUGCUCGGCGCCUACUCCGUCCGCGGCUACCUCUUUUCGCCCGAGUUCCAGGAGGAGCGGCGGCGCAACCGGACGGACCCAAUGGAGAGCGAAGAGUCGGAUAUUGACGACGACACCAUCCUGGACCAUGCGCCGAACUGGGCCAACGGCAUGGAGGCCGAUGUGCGGGAUGGACUGCGGUCGAGGAAGAAGAAGGGCAGCAGCGCGGAGAAGAGCAAGGGCCAGGCCGAGAGCGACGAGGAGUGCAAGCUGGUGUUGGUUGUACGAUCAGACCUGGGCAUGACAAAAGCUCAGUGUGGCCACGCCACGCUUGCCUGCUACAAGACGCUGCAGCGGCAGGCUGCAAACGACCCCAAAUCUCCGGCAGCCCGGCUGCUGCAGCGCUGGGAGCGCCACGGCCAGGCCAAGAUCGCGCUGCAGGACAAGGGCGAGGACGCGCUGCUGGCGCUGAUGGGCACGGCUCACAGCCUCGGCAUUACGUCUGAGGUGAUUGUCGACGCCGGCCGAACACAGAUCGAGUCGGGCAGCAUGACGGUGCUCGGGGUUGGACCGGCGCCCAAGAGCUUGGUAGACAAGGUGACGGGACACCUGAAGCUGUUGUAG